GAAGAUGUCACUGAUUCCAAGUUUGUUCGGUGGGCGAAGGAGCAACGUCUUCGAUCCAUUCUCUCUGGAUGUAUGGGAUCCCUUCAAGGAUUUUCCUUUCCCCAAUUCUCUUUCUUCUUCCUUCCCUGAAUCUGGUCGGGAAAAUUCUGCAUUUGUGAGCACUCGUGUGGAUUGGAAAGAGACUCCGGAGGCACACGUGUUCAAGGCUGACAUUCCGGGACUGAAGAAGGAGGAAGUGAAGGUGGAGAUAGAAGAUGAUAAGGUUCUUCAGAUAAGCGGAGAGAGGAACUUUGAGAAGGAAGAUAAGAAGGACACGUGGCAUCGUGUGGAGCGUAGCAGUGGAAAGUUUAUGAGGAGGUUCAGAUUGCCUGAGAAUGCAAAAGUGGAUAAAGUGAAGGCUUCAAUGGAAAAUGGUGUUCUCACUGUUACUUUUCCCAAAGAAGAGAUUAAGAAGCCUGAUGUCAAGGCCAUUGAAAUUUCUGGUUAAGUUUACUUUGUUACAUUGUUGGAAAUAUGAGAAUGUUGUGUUGUUGAUGCUAUAAAGAUGCUGUUAAUGCUUGUUGAGAAAUAAAAUUUCGUUUUGAUCA